UGUUCUUACUUUAUUACCAGCAAGCAGACUCUUGCAGUCAUCGUAAAAAAACUUAGUAAUUUUCUAUCCUGGGCGAGUAAGCAAACAAAAUUAAAAAUUUAUCGUUCUUCUUUUUCCUCUCUUAAUUAGCAAUUAGUUUUAACAAAAUUAAUGACAGUGUUCAAAUCUUUUAGUCAAUUAGCGAUAAAUCAUGACCGACCGAAUCUGGCGUAUUAAAUAAAUAAAUAUGAAAUCCAAGUGGAAAAAAUCAAACCCUUUUUACCAACUGGUAAUAAUGGUAAUAAUAGUUAGCUAAUUAUUGAUAAUAAUGUAAAAUAAAUUGGAAAACCGAGGAGAUUAAUUGGUUGUAAAAAUUAUAUAUAUAAAUUUUGACGUAAUAAUUAAAAAUCUUGUACAUUAUGUACGAGUGGUUUUUAACUUAGAAGAGUUUUAUCGUGAGAGAGAGUGUUUUAUCGGGUGAUUGAUAAGUGCUUUUCGUUAUCGGGAGUGGGAUAAGGCUGUUUUGCGACGUAAUUAUUGUUAUUGUGACGUGUUAAAUAAUAAGGAGGAUGGGUGACCCCUUUGAUUUCGUGAGGCCGAUGGAGGCCCCCACUUUCAGCCCGUCGGAAGAAGAGUGGGCCGAUCCGUUAGGAUAUAUUUCGAAGAUAAGGCCGAUCGCGGAAAAGGCUGGGAUUUGCAAGAUUAAACCGCCCAUGAAUUGGCAACCUCCUUUCGCCGUGGAUGUCGACAGUUUUAAGUUUACGCCGCGUGUGCAACGAUUAAAUGAGUUGGAGGCCAAGACACGCGUCAAGUUGAAUUUUCUUGACCAAAUCGCAAAAUUUUGGGAGUUGCAAGGCCAAUCGUUAAAAAUUCCAGUCAUCGAGAAGAAAGCCUUAGACCUCUACACGCUCCACAAGCUGGUCAAAGCGGAGGGUGGGAAGGAGAAAGUAAACAAUGAAAAGAAGUGGAACCGCCUCGCGACUCGACUCGGCCUCUCGCCACACAAAAAUUACGGACUUUUACUGAAACAGCACUUUGAGAGGAUACUCCAUCCCUUCCACGUGUUCGAAAAGUCGAAAGAUAAACUGGCCGGGAGUGACGUUGAAGCAUCCCCGGUUAAGAAGGGGCCGAACAUGUCGACUCUGCUGUCUAGUGUAACAACGCCGAUCAAAGGUUCCCCCAUGAAGAACCCAGGAUCGAAUAAAUCCUCUCCGAUGAAGAAUAACAAUGUGUCGCAGGUGACGCCUUCCCCCACGAAGAAUGGGAGGAUGGGAGCAUCUGCUAAUUCGAAGCCGGUCAAGAUUGUAGAGCAUAUCCAACAAGAUGAGGACGGGGGGAUGAUGAUGAUGAGGGGAGGAGCGGAGCCAAAGUCCAAAGAACUGAAGAGACUGAUGUUCUACGGCGCGGGGCCAAAGAUGGCAGGAUUUGUGGGGGCGGAUGCUCGGAAAAUGGGCGGCGGCGGUGGUCCACACGACCCUCUGGAAAAGUACAUUUGUCUGGAGUGCAACGGUGGGGAUUCGGAGGACACGAUGUUGCUUUGUGACGGGUGUGACGACAGUUAUCACACUUUCUGUCUCAACCCACCGCUUCAAGAGGUGCCUAAAGGAGAGUGGCGAUGCCCCCGCUGCGUCGCCGAAGACUUGAACAAACCCGGCGAAGCGUUCGGUUUCGAACAGGCCGCCCGUGAAUAUACGCUCCACCAAUUUGGCGAAAUGGCUGACCAGUUUAAAGCCGAGUAUUUCAACAUGCCCGUCCACCGCGUCCCUUCGGAAGUGGUGGAACGAGAAUUUUGGCGGAUCGUGGCCGCCAUCGAUGAAGACGUGACGGUCGAAUACGGCGCCGAUUUGCACACCAUGGACCACGGUUCCGGUUUCCCGACCGAAAUCUCGAACCAUAUCAACGCCGCGGAUGACGAGUACAUCAAAUCCGGCUGGAACCUGAACAACCUCCCGAAUCUGACGGGGUCCGUGUUGGGUCAUAUAAAUGCCGACAUUUCCGGCAUGAAAAUCCCCUGGAUGUACGUGGGCAUGUGUUUCUCCACGUUCUGCUGGCACAACGAGGAUCACUGGUCCUACUCGAUCAACUAUCUGCACUGGGGAGAGCCUAAAACCUGGUACGGGGUUCCGGGAGGGAAAGCCGAUCAGUUUGAGGACGCCAUGAAACGCGCGGCGCCAGAACUGUUCCAAUCUCAACCCGACCUUCUCCAUCAACUCGUGACGAUCAUGAAUCCUAAUAUUUUGAUGAAUGCGGGCGUUCCAGUGUUUCGGAUGGAUCAGAGGGCGGGCGAGUUUAUCAUCACAUUUCCGAGGGCGUAUCAUGCCGGGUUUAAUCAAGGUUAUAAUUUUGCGGAGGCGGUCAACUUCGCACCGGCGGAUUGGCUGCCGAUUGGUCGUGACUGUAUAGACCACUACUCAACCCUGCAUCGAUACUGCGUCUUCGCUCAUGACGAACUAGUCUGUUCAAUGGCAUCAAACUCUGCCGCGCUCAAUGUCGGGUUAUCCUUAGCGACCUAUGAAGACUUUAGGAGAAUGAUUAAGAAUGAAUUCGGUCACCGAGCGACGGUGAACGGCUGGGGUGCUCGAGAAGGGGACCGAGUCCUGUUUGAAAAUCUGCCUGAUGACGAACGGCUUUGCGACUUUUGCAAAACGACGUGCUAUCUUUCCUCGGUUCAUUGCGCCUGCACCACCGAUCGCCUCGUGUGUAUCAGGCAUUACGAUAAGCUCUGCGAAUGUGAAGGAUCAGACCAUGACUACAAAAUUCGCUACACGAAGCAAGAACUUUUGGACAUGGCAGCAACUUUGUACCAAAAGACGGAAGGUUAUUCCAAGUGGUUGGACGUCGUGAAGAAGCAUCUCGGACAAGGGAAGACUUUGGGGGACAAAUUCGAGCUGGACCAACUCAAGGGUUUGAUCGAGGAAGCGGAGAAGAACAAGUACCCGGGUGGAUCUCACUUGGAGAAAAUGCGUCGAAUUUUUACGGAUGCGGGACGCGUAGUAAAACUUUGCAGUGGGCUGUUUAACAAGCAAAAGGAACGCCCGCAACGAGUGUGGUUCACCGUGUCGGAAGUUGCCCUCAUGGCGGAGGAGACUUCCAACUUGCACGUUGCCCUAAAAGAGACCGACUUGAUGAACGAGUUGGCCGUGACGGCGAGGAGGGUGCAACAGACCGCGAUAGAACUCAAGGAGUCGAAAGAUCUCGACAAAUUGGUCGAGUGUAUCAGUGCGGCGAGCGAGACUCGAGUAGAAAUCCCGGAAAUUAAGCCGCUCGCGAGGCAAGUGAAACGUCUCCGCUGGGAGAACAAGGUGAAGGAAUUUUUGUCCUGUAAAGAGCCCGGGUCUUACAAGAAAGAACACCUUAACGACUUGAUCCGAGAAGGCGAGGACUACAGGUUCGAGGAGAAGUCGGAUAAGCCACUCCGUCACCUGAAAGGUUAUCGCGAGCAGAUGAUGCAAGUUGAAAAGGAGGUGAAAGCCAUCUUGGCGAAACGGAAAGUGCCGUGCAUGAAAGAGCUUCGCGGUUGGAUGUCCGCCCUUCAAGGAUCUCUGAUCGCAAUCCCAGUAACGAAGGACUUUGAAGAUCUCUUGAAUCAAGCGGAAGGCUGGCUGAGCGAAGUGACGAGUGCGGUUUCCGGCGACGAGGAGCACUAUCCUUACAUCCACUCCAUCAAGGAGCUGGUCCGUUCUGGGAUCGAGUUGAAAAUCCAACUCCCCGAGUUGAACGUCCUCUCCGCCCAGGUGGACGCGGCUCGGUCCUGGAUCUCACAACUGCAGCACACGUUCCUCAAAAAGAUCUCGCACGUCACGCUGAUCGAAGUCUUAGUCCCGAGGAAGGAGUUUCCCAAGAGGCCCACGAGACCGAAGCUGGACCCGAAAUUUAAACCGAUCGAGUUGACGAAUAAGCAGUACGAAGGGAUUAUGAAUGAAGGGAUGAAAAUGGUGUGUGAAAAUACGGACAAUUUCAGAGCAGCGAUCAAGGAACUUGUGGAGAAAGAGCUCGAGUCAAUCCUAUCCCUGCGUGAACAGAAUAGAGAAAAGUUUGAGAAGGACCUCGGUCAGAACUUGUACUGCGUGUGUUCCUCGCCCUUCGGGAAGUUCAUGAUCCGCUGUGAGCUCUGCCUCAACUGGUUCCACGCGACCUGCGUCCCUCUCCCGAAACUGGAGGAGGAUAUCUCUACCCCCGAGAAGGAGGGGGCAGGACAGUCCCCAAAGGAAGGUGGAGAUGAAGAGGCAUCCGAUGUCAAACCGCACGACGAGGAACAAACCGCCCUCGUGGUGCCAGGAACUUCCCCGAACAGCAGCGCCCCACAAGUCAUUAUUUCUCAAGAUAUCUCAACCCAUGCUCAGACCGCGUAUAAAAUAGCGAUGAAACAAAUCUGCUUCAUCUGCCCGUGCUGUGCUCGGUCUAAGCGACCAAAGUAUGGCGAACUCCUCCCACUGCUGAAAAGUUUGAGCAAGCUCCCGCUAAAAAUGAUGGAGAGCGAGGCCUUUCGUUGUUUGAGUGAAAGAUUUCUGGGUUGGGAGGAACAAGCUGUAUCCCUUCUCGGAGAAUUGGUGACUAUAAGAAAGAAACUGGGAACGAUUCCAGCUCCAAUUUAUCAUCAGAGAACCUACAAGAAGAAGUCGAUCGUGGAAGAGGACGCUGAAAUGAAGGAAGAGAAGAAAGAAGACGAAGAAAAAUCGAAGGAGGAGAAGGACCCAAGACUCUUCAUAAAUGUAGAAACGUUCCGGGAAGUCCGUGGAUCCACGGUUGUUCACAAAGCAACGGGAAAACCUCCUCUGAAAAUUCCAUCGAAGAGGCCGAAGACAGGAAAGUCUCGCAAGAGUGAGAGUGACGACGCCGCGUCAGUCGUGAUAAAAUCUGAACCUGGCGGCGUGACAUCGCUGGUGGAGUCAGUCAUUAAAGAAGCCUUAUCAACUCCCAUGGAUGCAACGGCGAUCAAAGUGGAGAAAGUUGAUCCGGAAGAUGACGAUGAGUUCGGUGGUGGUGGGAGGAGAACUCCUCGACGUAGCCUAGUUUCUGAAACGGACGAUAUGGAAGACGAUGACGACGACGAUAUGGACGUUGAUCCCCCGUCGAGCGAGGAACUCGCCCAACUCGCAGAGAUGGAGACACAGCUGAAGAGCAAACUCCCGGCAGAUACGCUGUUGGAGAAUGAGGUUGACUGGGAGGCUGUGAGUAAAUCGACCGAGAGUGUGGAGGUCGGGCCGAUCCACACCUUCAUGGGGGCACGUGUUCCCCUCGAGCCCGCCAUCCUCGCCCGGGUGGAAGCUGCCUUUGUACAAGUGUGUCUCAUGGAGCUGCACAGUGGGGAGAAGGGGAACGCGUUGUGGAGGCUGUUGUGCGCAGGGACGCCGAAUCCCAUUACCAACUUGGAGCUUAAGCAAGUACAUCGCGUUAUACAAGGCGAAAUCAGCCAAAAAGAUCUCAAGACGAAGCCCACGCCGAGAAAGUCCGCCGCCAUGAAUGGGCCCAACUCCUGCCCCAGAAACCCCAAGAAGCGUAGAUCCUCCGGUGGACUUGCUAUCAAAAAGAGAAGAAAGAGUGGCACUGAGAACCCUGCUGCUGGAGGUCCUGGUGGGCUUGCUGCACGAAAUAAGCGAAAGAAGGACAAGGAUCUGGAGGAGUGUGAGGAUGAUUGUGAAGCGUCACCGUGUAAAAAGCCGACCGGGAGCGAGGUGAACUGGGUGCAGUGUGAAGAGUGCAACAAGUGGUACCACUACAUCUGCGUGGGGCUGAACAAGAAGGCCGUCCAAAAGAUGGAGAGAUAUGAAUGUUUCCGCUGCAAAGCGCCCGUCGACGUGAAGGAGGAAGAAGACAAUUCCAACGCCUCGAAUGAAGCCGAGUUCACUUCCGACACGGCCCCCUCCGUCUGCAGCAAUAAGGAGAACACGGUCACCGAUCCUAAAAAGCCGACACCCACAGAACGUCGCAAAUCGACCGGAAACAACGCUGCUGGUGGCGCAGGUGUCGGAGUGGAGGAUGCUGGCUCCUCCUCUGCUCCCCUCUCGAACGCGAAUGUCAACAACGUCACACCCGCUGGGAACAACGCCCUCUCCGCGGCCUCCAGCGCCCCACCCCCGACUCCCGCUCCCGUCCCCGUCAACGGUUCAAGCACGAAACAAUAACUAACCUGCAGAAACAAUAUAACAAUAUAUGAAGAUAUUUAUCUAAAAUAAUUAAAUAGUGAGUGCCCUUAAAAAAAACUUGUAAUUAAUUAAGCACUUCUCAGGUCUAGAGUUACGUAAAUUCUAUCGUUUCCUUCUUCUUUAGCCUUUCUCUGACGUUAAAAAACUCGUAGAUAAGAACCUAUCUCCCGGUAUAAAAAUAAUAUUCGCUCGUACAACGCUACAAAAUUAUCAUGUUAAUUACAAAGUUAAUUAUAUUAAUUAGAUAGUCGGCUCAAAAAAUUAUUAGUUAAUUGUAUGCAUUAAAAAGUAUAAAUUCCUUGUUUUUAAACGAAAAUUGUAUCGUUUUACAAUAGAUUUUACUGUGAUACUACUUGUAAAAAAAUUUGAAUUUGGUGGAUUCCUAUUGUUAUUAUUAUGAUUAUUAUUGUGACCUUAUUUUUACCGCUGUUUAGAUACAUUGACACCUUAAAGAAUUAAUAAGGUUAAUUAGUAUUAAGGAAUGUUUUAUAUUUAUAAUUAACGGGAUAAUUAUUAUUCUUGAUUAUAUAUGUUUAUUUCUUGUUGUAUCGUUUUUUGGGAAAAAAUGAAAUUCCCAUUUUAUCAGGUUUACUUACGGUUUAUUGCAUGUUUUACAAAUAAUUUGACUUUGUAUGAGCUGAGUUUUCUGGUAACUUGCGCCAUAGUUUAAGGCGAACAUUUGGCGCAAGUUGGCAAGAAGUGAAAUAAAAAAAACCCACGGAUAAAAAUAUUCUCUCGAGAAAGAAUACUUUUCGUCGUUUACUUCCAUCAUAGUUUUUUUCCCCAGUUAGUUAAUUGUAAUUAAAUUUAGUAUAUUAUGUGAGUGAAAUAUCUAUUAUGUAAAUCAAUAAUAAUUGUAAUGCUAUGCAGUUAGUUAAUUAAGUGAGUAGUUAAUUAGUUGGUAAAUAGGGAAGGAAAUAUCAUGGUAUAUAAAUAAAUAUGCAGGGAUGAGGGGGAUUUUUUUGUUGGGGGGGAGGAGCAGACGCGGAGGAGGUCAAGUACCUUAUGUCGGACUUUUAUGAAAGAAGUGUGUAUUUAGAGAAUAAAAUUCUUAGUCGGCGUCGGGGGAGUGAGAAAGAAGAAAUACAUAUUUAGUAGCAUCGAGACGAUCCCACUACAUGAUUUGUACACGUUCUAAAUAAUUGUAGCACAAAAAAUAUAUGUAUGAAAAAAAACACACACAAAGUUAUAUAAUAAUUCUACUGAUGAGAUGAGAAAGACACAGUAAUAAAAAUAAAAAUACUUGAUUCAGAGCAA